AUGUGCCUAAUAUUAAGUGCGGAAGAAUUAAAAGAGUUAUUGGUGGACAAGAAGUGCCUUGUGUUUGAUCUAGGUACUCAAAAUCGUGUUGCAUCUUUACAAAAUGCUAGUAAUUUUCAACACUUAUGUGGCGCCACUUUAAUUUCACCACAAAUAGCUGUAACAGCAGCGCAUUGCGUAGAACAUGAACCAGAAAAUUAUCGUCUCCACCUUAAGAACUUCUGUAUCAAUGAUGGCAUUGUUACACCAUCCACUCAGGUUCUAGACAUCAUUCCACAUCCUCUAUUUGAUCGAUUUUCUAGAGCACAUGAUAUAGCGUUGUUGCGAGUACAACUUGAAUUGGAUGACAUAACAUGGCUUAAAGAUACAGUGAUACCCCAUUCUUCGUUUGGUAUAUCAGGUGAAUGUACAAUUUAUGGUUAUGGAUAUACAAAUACAGAAACAAAAAAAUUGUCAAAUAAAUUGCUUUCUGCACAACUUACAUUGGUGUCUCUGGACGACUGUACUGAAUCAUUAGGACAAUUCGUAGCUCCAAAAUACGAUAGCGGAUUAAUAUGCGCCGUGGGCGACGGAGUUGACGCAUGCCAGGGAGAUUCGGGAGCACCAUUGAUGUGUGCGGGAAAAUUGGAAGGUGUCAGUAGCUACGGGCUCAGUUGCGGAGUACCUAGAAUACCCGGGGUGUACACCAGCAUUGGUGCUCAUUUGCAAUGGCUUAGGAGUAUUGUAGAGGACAUACAAUCAUAGCUAUACAUAUAUGUACAUAUAUAGAUAUAACAUCAUUAUGAUUUUAAAUCAAUCAAA